GAGUUAAUUGAGGCUCAUAGAAGAAUACUUACUGCGAUUUGAUUAACACUUAGACACGUAACACCGGCCGCGUUUCAUCUCGCGUGGGAUAGCGUUUGUGUUUUAUAGCCUAGUGGAUUUCAAGAUUUAUUUCGAAAUCGUUUAUUCUUCGCUGGAUGCUGGAGCCAAAACGCAAGCGUCUCAGGCAUUGAACUGAUCUAUCUAUCUAUCUAUCUAUCUAUCUAUCUAUCUAUCUAUCUAUCUAUCUAUCUAUCUAUCUAUCUAUCUAUCAAUGCACGACCGAGGUCAUUUACACACCUCCUCCCCCCCUCUUUUGCGCACAUUAGCGCGUUCUGGCUGUUGUGCCGACGAUGCUGCGCGCUGCGAAUGAAACGUUUCAAGUUGGAUGUUUUUAUGGCUCCUUGUCUCCAACAGGACGCUGGAACGGAGAUGGAAACGAGAGAAUAAAGCCGUGAUCUGGGACCGUAAGCAAACAGUUUGUUAUUUUUUCCUCCCUCCCUGUGUUUUUUUCUUUCACAUCCACGGCGGCUUUGCUCGCUCUGAAGGCACUGCGUUAUUUUGGCACGGAGCUCGCGCGCUAUUUACAAGCAACACGUCCAAAUAAAUAAAAAAAAAACAACAACAAAAAACAAAAAACAAAAACGACGCUCCAGUGAACUCAUUGUUUUUCUUUUUUGGUUGAAAGAAAAUGAGCUAUGAUCUCGAAACUUUCGAAGUAAUGAACAGCAGAUCUUAGGAAACUACAGCGGAAUAAAGCUCCAUACAAGUGACGAUUCAACGAAGGCAUGCGUGAGCCAAGAAUGAACUGAAAGAGACGUGGACGAGGAUGACUGGACCAGCAGCCAGGAAGAAAAGUCUUUAUUUUUUAAAAAGGCUGCAGGAGCAUAUGUUUUAUUCUGUUUUGUUUUUUUACCAGCCAGGGUUUUUUGCAAAAAAUGUCGAACCGCACACGUUGAAGUACAUCUGUUUUUGAAGUGCAGCCAAAACUAGUGCCAAACAUUAACAGUGCCAAGUUGGGAAAAAAGACACAUUUUUUUCAAAUAUUCCUCAAUCCAUUUUUUUUACCCUCUUACCUUACAUUCAACAUGAACUUCCACAUGAAGUGCUUUAUUCAGGAGUGACUGUUACCUCACUCUCACUGCUAGGAGUUGGCUCUUGACAACAGAAGCCUCCUUAAACCCCACAAAGUGACCUGCUGCUAAUUUUGUCCUUGCGACGUCUGGCAUGUUUCUGCUUCAUCAAUCAACCUCCGAGCCACUCUAUGCUUCUGCAUUUACUCCUCUUCUUCCUCCUUGAGUUCUGUGCACUAGAAAAAAAAAAAAGAGAGCCAUAGUUCGUAUAGCCAUCCCGGUCAUGACAGUUAAUAUUGGGUUAUGAAACUAUAAUAUUUAUGAAUUUGAUUUAUAAGAAGAGAUUGAAAGGUAUAUUCAGGGAUACUCUUGAAGCCCGUGACAAGAGUACAUUCUGCCAUAUUCACCAGCAUAUAACGAGCCAUUAGUUUGUUUACAUAAGUCAUCGGUUUUCACUAUUCGGAAACCGCACAUUAGAAGUAAAGACGAUAUUUCAGUACUGUAAUUUGGAUGAGAAAAUCAAUUGUUUUAAUUUGUCGCCCUGAAUGUGUUCCAUGUGUAUGAAUAACUCCUUAAAACCCAUUUACACACACACACACACACACAUACACAGUUCCUGUCUAUGUGUCCUACAGUAACACAUGCUGCUUGCUAGCUUUGAUUAGACUCUUCUGAAGUCUUUAGGAUGAGCUAUCUUCUUGUUUAACUUAUACAGAAAAAAAAGCUGAGCACUUCCUCGAUCUUUCAUUUGCAGUCACCAUUUUUUCUGAAUUUUCUGAAUAGUCACGCUCUGUAGGUUCAACAACUUCCUAAACACAGAAUACAUUAUAUUUACGUAUGCAAAAAAAAAGUGGCUCAGAUUCCAAGCUGUUUAGAGACUUCUGUGUGUUUAACUUUUUUUAUUGACUAUUACCACAAACUCCACCCUCUAAAUUCUUUUACACAUUUUACACAUCUUGAUAGAUCUUUUUUUAAGGGUUUGUUUCAAAUAGCUGUGUAGUCAAGUGCCAAAUACAAGCAAGAACAUUUAUAAUGCGUUUAAUAAUAAAAAAUAAUUACAUUUAAAAUAGGGAUAAGAGUAGACUUCAAUACACAAGUUUACACUGAAAGAGAAAUAUUUACAUGGUCCGAUUAGAGUGGACUAAUGUUACGGCCGAACAGUUCCUGAUAGAUUAUUUAGUCAAACAUUUAAAAAAAAAUACUCAUGUUUAAGACGUAAAAAACAUUAUACAUUAUUAAUGUUGUUAUUGUUAACACUGAAAUUCAUGCCAUGAAUUUGUCUUCAACAAAGCGUUUAUAUACCUAAACUCAUCUUUUUAGCUUUCCCUUCAGUCCAACAAGAUCAAAUGAAAUGAAAUUAAAUCUGUACAAAUCGUUUUAACAUUUUUCCCAUCUCUAACUGGAUUAACCCUGUUCCUUUUUUAAAAUUUAUUUAGGUUUUUUUUUUUUUUUUUGCUCUAUAAAUUAUGGAAUAUAAUUCCAUAUAUUCUUCAAUAAGUGAAGAACGUUUCAGUCGUUCAAGAUUUGUUAACUGAAAAGGUUAGACAUGCAUUUUGCAUAGCGUUUGCGGAAAACCUAACUAAUUAAAGCAACGCUAAUUUCUUGUACACUGUAUGUUACAUAUCAUCAGAGUGGCACACAGUUUUUUUUUCUUGAUACACCAGCGCUUUUUUAUGGUUACGACCUGUUUUGUAGAAAGUGUUACAUUGUUCUUGUAGUUCAUCGAGAAACCCUGGUCAUCAAAAUGCCCUUUGCUGCCAUUGCGUGUUUUUUUCUUCUUUUGGACCAUGUGAUUUUCACGGUGGCUGUUACUUCAGAACGCCACUCAGCCAAUGGCAGGCCACUGUUGCUUCUAUUACGAGGCUGGAGCAAAGAGAUUCCACCUCCUGCACUGAAGGGGAAGGGGAAAGAAGCAGCAGCCAUAGCAGUGGAGCCAGAAGUGGCUGAGAUCCCUGCAAAGCCUCUUCCUCAGAUCAUGCUGCCUCGUAAUAUGACAGCCGAUGCCCUGAAACCCCCACUGGGGGCUGCACAGGUGGCGCCGCCACCACGUCGUCUGGUGGACGUUGAUGUGUGCAGAGGCUACUAUGAUGUAAUGGGACAGUUUGACAACACCUUUAACUGCACAAAGGGCACUUACAUCUACUGCUGUGGCACUUGUUACUACCGCUUCUGCUGUGAGCAUCAACGCAACCGGCUGAACCAGGACAUAUGCACCAAUUACAACUCACCCAUCUGGGCCAACACACAGGUGCCUGCCACUCAGCCCCCGAGCCGCUCAGAUCCAGACUUUGACCCUUUGCAGCAGCAGAGCAACAAUACGGUUUAUGUCAUCGGUGGAGUCAUCUCUUUCACGUUGGUCGUGGCCAUUGGGGUGAAGGUGGCUUUCCGCAAGGUCUCUCGUAGACCCAGGAACCGAGACCUCAAUAUGCCCAGAGCACUGGUUGAUAUAUUGCGUCAUCAGUCCAGCCCGGUACAGCAGAGUGAGAGAAACAACAGCACCACUGCCACCAGCAGCAAAGGCUCUCUCGUACGGCAGUCCAAAAACCAUUACACUCCCAUUCUCCAGAGCAAAGACAACCGGAUUGGGAAACACAAUUUAAUCCAGUCUGGGCCCAGCCCUAAACACACAGCUACUAUAGAGCGUGUACCACGGAUGAACAAUGCCCAGCUAACCUCCGCAGGAACGCUGAUCUCCAGCAAAACCAACAACGCAGGCCAUCGUCUAAGCAUCUCUCAUUCCUUUCACAACCUGGCUCAGCUCCCUCCAACAUAUGAAGCUGUUAUGAAACCUGAUAUUAACCGUUAUUCCUCUCUCAAGAGAUUAGAAAAAGAUCUGGAGGAUUACACAAGUUAUUAUACCUCAAAAAGACGACACAAUGAUGCACCGCCUUCCUUCCACUCCUCCCAGCAUCACCUGCCCUGGGGUGGUGAUUACACACUAGAGGCAAGGGGUACACUGCCCCUACACUCCUCCCGACCCCAAAUACAUGUACCUACCUCUACGUCCACACCAAAUCCUUACCCUUUACCCCAGUCACCAUACAGUCCCACCUUUGAGAUGGUGAGCCAGCCUCCACGCCGGGUGAUGUCUCAAGACCAACUGUUGGCCUUGGGGGAGGGAAACACCCUGUCUUACUUGUCUAAAAACCAGCAGCAUCAGUAUUACAAAGCCAUGGCCACCAGCAAGAGUUCCAACUCAAAGACACUGAGGAAGUCCCAUGAACGGCUCCUGUUGUCACCUGAUGAAAGAAUGAUGGGGAGUGCGAUGGGUGACUACGGAGGGCUGAUGCCUCACCUCAGCCACCAUAAGAAAACGCAGUCGCAGCAGAACGUGUGUGUGACCCCAUCCCUUGACCGACACCACAUGAUCAAGAUGAAUUCGCACCCGACGUCUGGCUGUGAACAGGAGUUCACGUCCAUUGCUGCUGCCAUGUCCUCUGGUCAUGGACCUGGCACUCUGGGUUGGGGGGAGGGUCAUGGCCCUGCUGGUGGUCCUGGAACAACAGGCCAAAGCUCCCGCAGGAUGGCCUUUGCUGCAAAGCGGCAGAACACCAUUGAACAACUGCACUUCCUCCCUGGGGGAGGGGGAGGCAGUCAGGCACUGUGGACAGGGAGUAAGAACGAAGUCACGGUGUGAAGAAGGGGUGAGACAGAAGAAGAAGAAGAAGAAGAAGAAGAAGAAGAAGAAGAAGAAGAAGAAGAA